UUUUCAACAAAUUUAUCGUUUUCUAGAACUGGGGUUCUUACUUUUUCUUUUGUUUCCUUUUUGAUUCUAUGUUUCCUCUGCCAUAACAUCUUCAGACCCCCAUACCCCAUCUGUUGUUUUUGUUCUAAUCAGUGAAUUUUUCAUUUCAAUUUCUUGUAUUUGUUGUUAUCAAUUGAUUUUACUGUAAAAAGUUUUUGUGAUUCUGGUUUGUGGAGCUUCUUAGUGGGUUAUCUUCAACUGGGUCCUGCCCCAAUCCUCUUGUUGUUGCAAUGAUUCCAAAAAUUUCCUUAGUGCUUUUGCUUUUUUGUGGCUUUCCAAGUUCAUCCUUUACUUUCUGAAAUCUGCGGCCAUUUUCUUUCAAUUUUGCUUUCCUUGAACGUUUCCUCUCUGGUUAGAUUUAGUUUGUGUUUAGAAGCUAGCAUUGUUGCAGGGCUUCAUUGGGAGGCUUUGAGUUUUUGCCUUUUCUCGAGUGUCGCUUAUCGAUCUGUGGGAGAUUUAGUGAUGGAUUUCUGGUCAUUCUUUAAACGCCUUUUUGUUUGUACUCUCUCCUCAAAGAUACAUUAACACAACUAGGCCUUUUGUAAAACCGGUUAAAUGUCAUUCCGUAGCAUACUUCGUGAUGUGAGGGAUGGAUUUGGAAGCUUAUCAAGGCGUAGUUUUGAGGUGAGGCUGUCUGGAAAUUCCAGGGGUAAAUCUCAUGGACCAGUUCAUGAGUUUAAUGAUGAGCCUCUGCUAAUUCAGACUAGCCAUUGGGCUAGCCUUCCACCCGAAUUAUUAUGUGAUGUGGUCCGAAGACUGGAGGCGAGUGAGAAUACUUGGCCUUCUCGGAGAAAUGUUGUUGCUUGUGCUGCUGUAUGUAGGUCAUGGAGGGACAUGUGCAGAGAAAUGGUCAAAAGCCCCGAGUUGUCUGGAAAAAUUACCUUCCCAAUUGCCUUGAAGCAGCCUGGGCCACGCGAUGGCACUAUUCAAUGCUUUAUCAAGAGGAACAAAUCUAAUUUAACCUAUCAUCUUUACCUUUGCCUUAGUCCUGCUUUACUUGUUGAAAAUGGGAAAUUUCUUCUUUCUGCAAAAAGAACCAGGAGAACUACUUCUACGGAGUAUGUUAUAUCAUUGGCUGCGGACGAUAUAUCAAGAUCGAGCAACGGUUAUAUAGGAAAGCUAAGAUCAAAUUUUCUGGGAACCAAGUUCAUUAUAUAUGAUACACAACCUCCUUACAACAACAACCAAAUUCCGACCCUUGGGCGAAGUCGAAGAUUCUACUCCAAAAAGGUCUCACCGAAGGUCCCAGCUGGAAGCUACAGCAUUGCACAAAUUGCAUACGAGUUGAAUGUAUUAGGUACAAGGGGACCCCGGAGAAUGAACUGCACCAUGUACUCAAUCCCCACUUCAUCUCUUGAGCCAGGUUGCUCGGUUCCAGGCCAGCCUGAGCUCAAUCCUCGCCCUCUCGAAGACUCAUUUCGUAGCAUCUCAUUCUCCAAGUCAAUUGAUCAUUCCACUGAGUUCAGCAGUUCCCGCUUCUCCGAUGUUGCGGGAAUGCUUGUUGACGAAGAGGGUGAGGUGAAGGAUCGACCCUUGAUUCUCCGGAACAAGGCACCUAGAUGGCACGAGCAGUUGCAGUGUUGGUGUCUCAAUUUUCGUGGGAGGGUGACAGUUGCAUCUGUAAAGAACUUUCAGCUAAUUGCUGCAACCUCACCUGCUGCAGAAGCCCCUGUACCGUCGCAGCCACCUCCCCAGCCCGCCCAACCUACCCAUUCUGACCAUGACAAGAUCAUUCUUCAGUUUGGAAAGGUCGGUAAGGACAUGUUUACGAUGGAUUAUCGAUACCCGCUGUCUGCAUUCCAGGCUUUUGCUAUAUGUCUCAGCAGCUUUGACACUAAAUUGGCAUGUGAAUAGACAAGAAGAAAGACACCCAACAGAAAACAUGAAACAGGAAAAUGAACAAUUCAGAUAAUGGUAAGAAAUGAAGAAAAAAAUUUAGUUGGCAAUUAGUGGUUUUCCUUAGUGUUUUUAUAGGGUGAUGUUUGAAUGCAGUUGUAUUAAAUUAGAAACUCUCACUCACUGCAAAGAAUUAGAACAAUUUCUUUGAACCUCACUCUCAUCAUUCAUGGAGAUUACCUUC